GCCCGCCAGCCGCGGGCCGCGAGCGAGCCGGGAGCCCGAGGUGCGCUCCGGGCGGACGGAACCAAGCGCCCCGGAGAAGGGGGGAGGGCCCGCCCGGGGCCCCCGGCGCCCCCCAGCCCGGCGGCCUGCCCUGGGAAGCCGCCCCUGUGUUGUGGAGAAAAGAGCAUACUCUUCACUCGGGGCCUGAACGGAGGCUUGCCAGAGCCUGGGGGCGUGGGGAGAGCGGCGCGCCGCGACUGCUGCCUCCGUCCGGGAGGCCCCGGGUGCCUGACUGCCGGCUUGACAUUUUCCACAGUACCGCGGCCGACUUGGAGCCAAGUGGCACGGCCCAGCCGUGAAGUUCUGUAGGUGGGGCGGGCUCUAAUUUGCUUAUAUCUAAUGAUUUCGGGAGCCUCGCUUUAAAAUGGCGGCAUUCAAUAUACACCCCUGCUAAAGGCUCUACCGACCCCGGGCCACCUCGCGCAGCGCUGCUUUUGCUUCUGCUGCUACCAGACGGCAUGUGCCGCCGUCGCCGCCGCUGUCCCCGCCGCUGCCCCUGAGAGCAGGGCCCCUGAGCCUCUGGGUUCGUGCUAGCAGCGUAAGAUUCCUGAAGAGUGCCUUUCCUGAAAACUCUGCUACUUGGAUUCUACUCAAGAACGGUCUCUUCAUUUUUAACAGCAGCAGUAGUAUUGUCCUAGAGAGGGUGCACUUGACCUUCACUUCAAUUUUCAAUAUGGCAACUGUCACGGUCACCUUGAUUCGUGAUUCCAAGUGGUUGGUUUUAGAAGUCUGUAGAGAAUUCCAGAGAGGAACCUGCCCUCGAGCUGAUGAUAACUGCAAGUUUGCCCAUCCGCCAAGCGUCUGCCAGGUGGAAAAUGGUUGCGUGGUGUCCUGUUUUGAUUCUUUAAAAGGUCGGUGUGCUAGAAAGAAGUGCAAGUACUUUCACCCCCCUCCACAUUUAAAAAAGCAGCUGGAAAUUAAUGGACAGAACAGUCUGAUUCAACGGAAUAAAGCCGCAGCCAUGUUUGCCCAGCAGUUGCAGUAUAUGCUCCAAAAUGCUCAGAUGCCAUCACUUAACGCACAGAAUUCUUUUCCUGUGACUCCAUCAGUUGCCGCUAAUCCUGCCAUGGCUUUCAAUCCUUACUUACCUCAUCCUGGGAUGGGUCUGGUUCCUGCUGAACUUCCACCAAAUGCACCUGUUCCGAGUUCUGGAAACCUGCCUCUCCCAUUGCCAGGAGCUGCUAGUCCAAAACUGAUGCGUUCAGAUAAACUAGAGGUCUGCCGCGAAUUUCAGCGUGGAAAUUGUACCCGUGGUGAGUACGACUGCCGCUAUGCUCACCCCGUGAAUGUCUCCAUGAUUGAUGUGAGUGACAACACUGUGAGGAUCUGCAUGGAUUACAUCAGAGGUCGAUGCUUCCGGGAGAGAUGCAAGUACUUUCAUCCUCCUGCUCACCUGCAAGCCAAACUCAGAGCAUCUCAUCACCAUGUGAACUAUUCAGUUGCCAACACCAUGGCCCUACAGCCUGGUGCGCUUCAACUGGUACCAAAGGAAUCAGCACUUGAAAACACCAAUGGGGUCCCCCCGGUCUUUAAUCGCAGUGUUUUUCACUGCCAACAGCCUUUGACUAACCUGCAGCAUCCGCAGCCACCGUAUAUCCCCACAGGGCCUGUACUGUGCAUGGCACCCACUUCAAGUAUUGUGCCCAUGAUGCAUGGUGCUACACCUGCUACUAUGCCUGCAGCACCACCACCUGCUACCAGCGUUCCCUAUGCUGCAACCGCUACAGGCAAUCAGUUGAAAUUCAGAACAGCAGAGUUACUGAGUACCAGAAUCUCUCCGGGAGAACCUCCAUAUGGCCUUUCUAUAUAUAUUAUCACAUGUCCUCUUCUACCAACACAACAAUAAGCAUGGUGCAGUCGAUAUAUUAAAACAAAUAUACCAACAACAAAUAAUUCGGAUAAAAAAUAAAGCAUUAAACAAUCGAUGUAGAUGUCAAAACAAAACAUGAAUAGAAAACAAAAAUUACCACUUAUCUUAAUUGAAUUACUAGGUAGAACACAACAAUAAAAUUUUGCCAUUUGUUACAUUUUUCUUUGAGAUUUUCUAGUAACCAUUCUGCUGACUGAAUCUCCAGUGGACUGUUGGUUUACUGUGCUUUCUUAGUGGAUAAGCGUUGCUCUGUUUUGAAGUGUUACCUACUGUUUACACAGUAGUCUAUUGGGUUGAUUUCAGAGUAUAACAAAUACAGCCAUACCAUUUUCUUUAAUAGUGUAGUGUAUUAUGAUGUGUUAAAGUUAAGUUUUUCCACACUGUGGUGUUCUGCUGUAUAUGUGUGAUGUUUGAUUUCAAGUAAAAUGUUAUUAAUGGGAAACAGAAUUGUGUGUGCUUGGAAAAUACAUUAUUUUGAAAAACAAAGGUUAAUGUGAACAUGCUGUCUCUUUAGAAUAUUUCUGUAGAUUUCUUGGGGCAGACAUUUAAACUGCCUUGGGGCAGACAUUUAAAGCUUUUGAAUGUGCACGAAAUCUGUACAUAAACAUGCAUGUGUGUAAUUUCUACCUGCAGAUCUGACCUUGCUUAAUACAAUUAUAUUACCAAAUUUUUUGUGAGAAAUAAAUACUGCAAAAAACAGACAACUUCUUAAAGCAUUAACCACUAAUUUCACUCCUCAAAAAGCUGGAAUGACUAAAAUUUACCCUUAAAUGGAUUUCUUAGCACAUAUACUAAAAAUCAUGUAAAGUGCCCAUUAUAUUUUUUGUGGCUCAAGAAUCCUGUCUCCUGGUCGAAUAUCUAAAGCUGAGCCAUUUGUCAACUUCAGCUGAAAACUGGAACUUGGGAGCCUGAAGGUAUUCUACAUACAAGUUAUAAAUAAAACAGGGAGAUGAGGGCAUGGAGAGGUUUUUACAUACUGGAGGAAAUGGUGUAAAAACCAUUGCAAUAUAACCUUUUAUACAAGUGCCAUUUUCCAAAUGCAAAUGGCUCAUGGUCUUUAGACAACUUUUUGAAUAAUAAAACGCAGCCUAGAAAAAGACAGGAUGAAAGAAAAAUGUUUCCAAGUGAGGCCUUUCCUCCCCAAAUGGACCAUCUGUUCUACUGAUCACAGUUGGAGCCUGAGUAUAGGUUUGGAGAAAUGGCGGAGGUGGGGAGGGAGGUAGGGAGGCACUUAACAUUAUUCUUUCAUUUAUUUAAAAGUUCUGGAAGGAUGUCCACAGUUGUCUUUACCUUCAGUUGCACUCAGUUUCCAUUUUUGUUAAACACUUCAGUGAAGGAGCAGGCACCUGUGAUGUAUGUCAAGUGUUGCCAUUCCCAAACUUUAUUAAUGAGUCUCUCACAUCAUAACCAAGCCUCUUUUUUUGGCUUGUUUGGAUUUCUUUGUUUUGGUAUGUAUUUGAAAAUUAUGAGAGGUUUUGAGCACCUGUUGGACAAGAGAGAGUGGCUUGGCUUUACUCCACAGAGCUGAGCUGAACUCACUUUAUUAAUACUUAUGAAAUAAUUUUACAAUCAGGUAUAAUAGUAAUUACUAUAGUAUGUGACAUACCUCCACUGUACUCAGUUAUUACAGUUACUAUUAAAAGUGGUGGAACCAUAUGAUAUUUUGUAAUGAACUUAGAUUCAAUGUUUUCUACUAAAUAUGUAUUCUUCCUCUACAAAGUAUACAUUCAUCAACUUUGAUAUGUAUAACAGGUUUGUUUUCUCCUUCAUGAAAAUGACAAGCAAAGAGAAAAUCUGAUUUAGGAUACCUUAAGUGGGCAAGUAGUGUGUGUAUCACAAAACAAUGGAGUUGGCAAAACCUUCUCACAGUCAGUGAAACUGAGGCCAAGGGCUUAUGAUGUGCCCAAGGUUACCAGUCUAGUUGGUGGCAGCCAGACCCAGAAAUACCUCCCAACUCCCAGUCAUCCCUCUGUUUCACAUUAUUUGUGCUUUAGAACAUUUGAGACUCCAUCCCAAAGCAGGGCAAUUUAGCCCAGAAUACAAAACCGCACAAUUAGCUCUUUGGCAGUUGAUAUCCUGUUGAUCAUAAUUAUCCAUCCAGAUCAUGGUCAUCAGUGAUUUCUAACUGCUCUUGCUUGUAUUGAGCUGUUAUCAUCUUACCAGUAUUUUCUGGAGCUAGAGAACAAGAGGUGUCCUGACUUUUUACUUGUUCAUUCUUUGAAUCACUCAAUUUCUGUUUCCCCUAAUCUUAACAUUAUUAGAGAAGAAACUGGAGUAUGCCUUUGUGGAGUUACUUGUGUAUGGAAUUGUGUUCUGUAUCACCUGUACCAGUGCCUUUCCAGAAGGGCAGAUUUGAUCACACGAAUCCAGGAAGGAAUGCAUCUGAGCAAGUCUGGAUAUAUCCCUUAAAGGAGAAAGAGACAUUUUUAGUGCAAAAUGAGCAUUUCUGUGUAGUUUGACAUUUUGAUGUAACUGUCUCCUUUAACUAUUUAAACGUCUGAUGAAGAUCUACAUAGACAAUAAGCCUACAUAACAGCUGUUUUCAUUUUGCUUUAAGCACUGGAAGAUGUUAAUAAUGACUUACAUUUUAGCAAGAGGUUCAGUGAGGGAUAUUCAGGGUUAGUUGUAUUUUUGGUGCCACAGUAUUUGAUAUUGUUGGCAUUGUAAAAAGUAAAUGAAUUUCAAGACAGAAAACUCAAGGCACUAAAGUUUUGACCAGAUGCAAAAUAAUUUUGACAAAAAUGCAAUUUUAAGACAGCACUCUUUGGACUAGUGCAAUGACUUAUUCAAAUUAUCUUUAUUCAAGAAAAGAAAAGAAGAAAGCUAAGUCAUUAGACUAUAAAUUUUCAGUUGACAAGAGAAGUCACAAAACUAAUCAGUGACUCUAAACAGCGAUUUACUAGAUGAAUUGUAUAUAUAAAAUUCUAACCACUUGUGAUUCUUAGUUAACAUUUUAUAAACUUUGUAUUUUACAAGGGCCUCUAUUUUUAUUUAUCCAAAAUUGUUUUUGUUCAUUUCUAUCAGCCUUUUGCAAAAAUAUGCAAGAGUACUGAAACUUGGAUAAAACAAAUCAUGUAUACAGAGAAAAUGAUCUAAAAGUUAUCUUCUAAGAUGGUUUUAGUAGUGUCAAUAUUUUUAAAAGCACUAUGACCAUAACAUUUAAAAAAGGGAUUAAGAUUAAAUUAAAAUUAAAUGUAUUCAUAAAAUUGCUAUUUAAAUACAGUAUUUCCUUUUGCAAUUGGAGCAUGAUUCCACAACCAGCUGUUGCAUUUCAUUUCACUUGUCUAGAUUUAAUUUGUAGUUAAUCAUGAUGUGCAAGGCCAUCUUCUCCCUACUCCAUCAAACCUCUGCAUCUGUUUCUGAACAUGCUAAAGCACUUUGAUCUUGCCGUAAGUGUUGUCCUACACCACUAGGCUGUGUUCACUAAUGAGCAGCCUCAGCUCACCAGCUCUCCAAUUUUGGAAAAGCAAGAGCUCCUCUCUACCAUCAGCAGAAACCAAAUUAAAUUAAUCUUAACAACUUGACUCUAUUUUUAAUGGCAUGACCAGUAAGCACAGGAAUGACUGAAUCAGGACAACAUCGGCAUUGUAUCUUACUAGGUGAUGUGUAGGGAAGGCCCAUGUGCUACUUGGAAUAUUGUUUGGUUCUCCCCCGCACUCCUUCAGAGAGUGUAGAUGAGGAUGCUCUGAGGUAAAGGGAAGCUGUGUGCUUUCCAAGUUAUUUUAGUCGUUAAGAGCAGGCUGUGAUGCACAGAAUGAUUAGAAACUGGACUCCUUUUUCUUUUUUAUCUCUUCAACAUUUUCACAUACAUUGAAAUAGAAAUAGGGAACUAUGAUUUCCCAAUUCUGUUAAGUAUAUUUAGGAAGAUAAUGGCCUAAGUUUUAAAUUUACCGGUGCCUGUCGAAAGUGAUAGAAUAAACAGUAUGUAGAAGAGUAUAAUAACUUCAUUGCAAAUUUAGCUGAUAGCCUAAUCAAACUGUAGCUAUAAUUACAAAUGUAGGUUCUCAGCACCAACUCACUAAUUGGUGCUAAUGUUUUCAUUUUUCUUGUUGGUUUUUAAGGUUUUUUUAUUACGUUUUUAUAUCUAAUGUAUGUAAUUAAUGGAUUUACUUUGAAGGAGACUUAGAGAAAGUUUAAGACUUAACUACAUUAUUCAAUCUGCCUAGAUAGGUUUAAAGUGACACUGAAGCAUGACAAGAUUUAUAGUUCAUAGUUAUUCUUUACAGUUCACAGUUAAGAACAAACUUUAUAAACAAAAAGUAAUUUUUAACUAAUUAUAUUUAGUCAUUGCCUUAGCAACAAUACUACAACAUGGCUACCUUUAGAUAUGUAUUCUGUGUGUGUGAAAAUUUUACUUGUAAACUGUAUGUGGUUUUUGACAGUAUGGCAUGUAGCAGAUAUAGCUCAAAAUUCAUAAAACAGAUAUGGUGGAUUUUUUUUUAAUCCCUAAUUCUCAUGUGAAAGCUGAAUGUGUGUCCUUGUGUGACGUUUAGAUAAAAAAGUUUACCACACAUGGAUUCUAGAUUUGGGCUUUAUAGCUUAUAGAAUUUGUUGUGUGGUUGGCUUAUUCCACAGUAUUUAGACUUCAAAACACAAUUGUCACAUCUAAAAUACAUUAACCUGACCUUUCUUUCAUAAUCUGAUUUAUUCAAAGCCACUCUGUUCAAAUGGCAUAGUGUAGCCACAAAAAUGCUCUUUUCUGAAUUGCAUAUUUACACAUAUAUAUCCAAAUAAGGAUUUAAGAAUGGCGAAAGCCAAAACUGCUUAAUGAACAUUUUCCCUCAAUACCAUCCCACAUACAUAUCUGUCCACCAAAUUUUCAACUUUCCCUCCUUACAUAACAUGUGCCAUGAUGCUUUCCCCAAUUACCUAAUUAAAUUGGUGUUCUGGUUAAAAAAAAAAAAGAACGGUGAAAGCAUAUUUUGAAAUUAAUUCAUGUUUGUAAAACCAUGCACAAAAGUACUGUGGAAUGACCCCUUCACAGUGUUUGAUAGGCAAAUGCUGCAGUUAACUGAUUGUCUCAGUUAGGGUGCAGAUGUGUGAGACACACCUUUUUUGCACUUAUGUACAUAGUCUGUGAAAGCAAUCCUUGGAGCUUUUUUUUUUUAAUAUAAGAAGUCUGUGAUAAUAGUGGAGAAGUUAGUAAGAGAGAGUUACUUGUAAGGCUUUGAGAAGGGGGGUGUUUUGCUCUAAGACUUAACUAAAGCUUGAUGUUGCUUUGCUGUUGUGGAGGUUUUCUAGAUUGCUACCGCAAGCUCACCGCAAGAGAAGAUAGAUAACAGGUUAACGGUCAACUUUGCUAACAGCACUGAACAAGACUAAAGGUAUAAACCAGUAGCAAAGAUUGUUUGCUUUCUAGAUUAAUCCUCGCUAAACAUACACACACACACAGGCAGGCUUCUGGCUGAGGUUUCCUUUUUUCAAUGGUUACAAGCAGUGAAAUACCCUGUAAAUUGCAAGAUGGAUAUUCCCAUUAUGAUCAUAUUAGAGUUCACCUUUCACAGAAAAUUAUCAGUUGAUAUGUAUCAGCUACAUCAAUUAAUAUGUAUUUAAGUGACAAAUUGUUAACAUUCACCACUAUUGCCCCUUGAAGAUCCCGAACCCAAAACCAAACUGGCAACCAUUGGAAGAUUUAAUAACAGUUAAGUGUGGCCAGCAUGGGGCAUUUCAUUCCCUCCACCAAAGGAAAAAAAUGCUCCUGGCACAAGUUUAUAAAUGGCUUUAUUUACCUCACACCUUUUUGAUGGAAGCUGUUCUCUAACUUACCUUUGUCAGAUUAGAAAGUGCUUCACUGUUUUAACUAAAUGAAGUGAACUAGCCCAAAUAUUACAUACAUUCGAACUGGAAAAGAAUGUUUUGAUCAGGUCAUCUUUGCCAAGUUUAGUUCCCUCAUCACCUACAGGUCGCCAUUUAAGUUUUUGUUGCCUCCAGGCAGUGAGGCCUAGGAAAGGUCAAGGUUAGAAAGGUUUAAGAAUAGAUCACCACUGUGUGUGGAGUCCUUCUCAUCUUGGGACAUGUUGCCUUGCCCUGGAAAAGGCGCCCGUCAUGGUAUGGGCCAGUUGAUAUUAGUUCUCACUUACUAAUGAGACUAAGGGACAGGAAAUUAAGCCAAAGCCAAGAAAGCCAUCCAAGCCUUACAGUUGUCUAAUAGCUCAGGGCCAGUUGGUUAGAAAUUUCUUUUUUUUCCUGUCAGCCCAUAACUACUUAAGAGUCAGCUAUACAAUAACAGCCUGAACAUCUGACCAGCAUUUUCCAUUCAUAACAAAUGUAAGCAUUCAUUCUUCCAACUUCAACCUUAUCACCAACAUAUUUUCCCAACUUAACCGUGUUCUUCUGUCAACAUUUGUGAAUCUGUAAGCCAAAGAAUAUAUUUUCAUAAGGUCAAUAGAAAGGUUUUAAGUCAGGAAGAAUCAUCCAUAAGAGAGAAUAAACCUAGAAGCAUCACGAAAAAUAAGCAGUUAAUUGAUGAUGUUGUGCAUGCUGAAAGCAACUGGGUCAUACUCUUUAGAGCUUAAACAUAGUGGUUGUGUUUAAGUAAGUAGAAUUAGAGAACGAGGUAUAGCAGAGUGUGAAUAACUUGAAGCCAAAAAAGGAGCUCUAUUAUUAAGCCCAGGAAAGAGCUUUGACUAAUUCAUACAGUUUCUAGCCCCUCCACUUGUCCUUGCCUGGGAGGGAACCACCAAUUAAUACACCAAAGCAGGAUUAUUCCAGAGAAAUAUUGUCUUGAAAUAGAACCCAUCCUCAGUUACAGUAUACCUAAGGGGAAAAAAUGUAUUGCUGCGAAAUAAGUCACACUUAUUUGCAGUUAUUCCAAAAAUCCUUGCCAGUCAUUCUCUACAUCAUAUUAUUUAAUUUAAAAAAUACCUCUGUAACAAGACCAAAAAAGUAACCCAACUUUAAGCAGCGCUUUUUUCUCACAAAACACACAAAGAUUUUUCUGUCAUAGAACUGCGUGGUUCCGUAUAGAUGCCGUUUGUUAAUGACAGAAACCAAAUUAUUUUGUUGCUGUCUUGUGUGUCUAGCAGUUGAGAGACGAUAGACCAUCCUAUCAUUGGAUUUUGGGGUUGCCCUUUUCAAAAUAAAUCUCUAUUGUCACUGUUGCUUUAAUUAUUAGAAAAUGAAAUAUUUGUUAUCAAGCCCCAAAAUGAAAUAAUUUAAGAUUAAAAGAUGUUCCUAAAUGUACCCUUUUUUUUUUAAGGGCUAAUGUUUUUGCAUUCAUAUAAUAAAAAUUCGGUGUAGUGUAGAAAAUAGAAGUACAUAUUUUGGGCAGAAAAUGCCAAUUGAAAAAUAUCCACAGGUAAUAUUAUUAGCCCUGUACAAUUAUAGAUUUAAAUAAUGGCCACAAUAUUUCAUAAAUACCAAUUGUUCCUAUAAUAUUGUGCCUCCAAAAUUCAAUAGCCCAUUCCCUGAACUGCUGUAAAUAUGGCAGAUACUUUGAUGUUUUUGUUGUUUCUUUUCCAAGUUGUAGGGCUGUUCUGCUUAUUUGGGUUUAGAAGUGUGCAUUAUGUAGUUCAUUUUAGUAUGCUAUCUCUAUGGUGUUCAUUUUUGGUUCUUUUAAUAAAACCUGUAAAUUUC